CUGUUUCAGGACGAUGACGAUACAUACUUCCUGAUAAAUACUUUUCCUGAAGAGAUUCUACUGCACAUAUUCUUGUAUCUGCACCCGCGCGAUCUUAUUCAUUCUGCAUCGCUGGUAUGCAGGCGCUGGAACCGCAUCGCGAACGAUUACACUCUUCACAGGGAAGCACGAAUUAAAAUCAGUGAGGAGACAUUAAAAUCUGGUUGCGUGAAGCGUUUCCUUCAGAGGCUACAGUAG